GCGAAUGCCAAUGCAGCUAGGACAGGAACGCAAUGACAAGAUCUGAGAGCGCUUUACGCGAUUCCCACCAAGGGUCUAAAAGCUACCUCAGGCAGAUAUAUCCUAGCUCGGAGCCUAGAGGGGAAGCUGACUCGAAACCCGGCAACGAUCCAGAGAUCGAUAUAAUUGCGGUUCAUGGGCUCGAUCCCCUAAACAACGAAGAACAUGGACUCUCGACGUGGUCUCAGGAUGGUGUCACUUGGCUGAAAGACUUCCUACCCCACCAUCAUCGAGUGAAGCCCCUCCGUGUCCUUGUCUUCGGAUACAACUCCAGUGCUGUAUUUGGAGCAUCUACAGCAGGUGUCUAUGGAGCAGCGGAGAGUCUUAUCAAUCAACUGUCUCUCGUACGAAAGGAUUGCCCUAUGAGACCAAUCGUCUUUGUAUGCCACAGUUUAGGAGGUAUUGUGGUCAAACGAGCCAUUGUCAGCGCCCACACGACUGAUUAUUACCGCAAUAUAUACGAUUCGACGAAGGGUGUUGCAUUCUUUGCUACUCCGCAUAAUGGUGGGAACGGAGUCACAUUUGGAGAUGUUCUUGUUAGGAUAUGCAGAGCUGUGACAGGCAAUGCCAGGAACGACAUCAUGGAAGCUCUUAGGAGGGACUUGAACAUAGCGAGUCAUAUCAACAGGGACUUCGCUCGUCGUGCUCGGGGAUUACGUGUCCUCAACUUCAUCGAAACCAAGCCAAUGGCGAAACCGUUUCUAGGAAUUGUCGUCGAUCGAAAUUCCGCUUCACUGAAUUGGUCUGAGCCUGCGGAAAUCCAAGUCUUCAUGGAAGCAACUCAUAGGACGAUCUGUAAAUACGCCCAGGAAGACGACCUUUAUGAAAUAGUAUCUGAAAAUAUGGUCGACUUGAUCUCCUGGGCGGCAGAGCUUCAGUCGCAGGUUAUCAUCGCAACAGCUCCCUUACCUACUUCUCCUUCCCCAGAUCCCGAUCAAUUUCUUCCACCGCCUCGUUAUGAGGAACGAAACCUCAGUCAUGACUCUCUGGUCAGGCAGAGUACCGCCUCUACCAGCUCAUACCCCAAUAAUAACGAGGAAAUUCGCGACAAAGGUUCAUACCUUUUCCCACCGUCUCCAUUUCUGGGAACAACCAUGAGCGCUCCUCAAAGCUACUUUGAAGGAGAAAGCAGUCUUCCCAGCCGUCCUCUUCCUGUAUGGCCAAUACACAUGCUUCCUUACAUCCCACAACUCAAGACGAAACUUGUUCCAAGGGAUGAAUUAUUCCAGUCUAUGUUAACAAGUUUAGAGGACGGUGGGACCGUCGCAUUGUACGGACUUGGUGGAGCAGGCAAAUCAAAUUUGGCGGCCCGUCUGGCAUAUUGGCAAAUUGAGCGCAAUCCUCAAAUCUCGGUCUUUUGGAUUCACGGUGGCACUGUCGAUAGUGUUUCCGAAAGUUUCAGAAUGAUUGCACAGAAGCUCCAGAUAGGACUGUUGGUCCGGGACGGGGGGGAAAGAUUUAAGAUGAUGAGAGAUUGGCUAGAGGAGAAGAAGCAUGGCAGGUGGAUUAUGAUCAUUGACGGUGCAGAUGACCCCGCUAUCUUCAAACAAUGCGAAAAUUCAGAUCAUGAUAGACAGAGGCAAUCAUCACUCGAAAGUCGGACUUUCAUGGACUUUAUUCCUCGAUGCAGUCACGGACAGGUACUUUUCACGACUAAGACGCACCCCGCUGCGGCAAUGUACGCAACACGCGGAGCGGCCCUCCAAGUCUCCCCUCUAUCUUCCAGCGAUGCACUUCAAAUGCUCCAAAACGGUUUAGAUAACAGUGUACUCCUUGAUGAUACCUUAAUGGCCACGGAGUUGGUCACCUCGCUUCAUUUCCUUCCACUUGCGAUAGCUCAAGCAACAAGCUUUAUGAACAGGAACUAUGUCACCGUCACAAAAUAUGUAGAGAAGAUUCGAGACAACACGGUGCUAGCCGAUCUUAUGACUCGUCCUCAGGCGAGCAGUUCUAAUGCGGUGUACACUACCUGGACUAUCUCCUUCAAGAUGAUACGAUCCGAAAGAGAACUCGCUGCUGACCUACUUGCAAUCAUUUCUUUUCUCGAACAAGAUAGAAUUCCAUUAUCCAUUCUUGGGGAUAUUUUCGGCGAUACACUUAAUCUUAUAGAGGCAGUUGGAGAUCUCAAAGACUACUCGCUGAUCUCUGUGUGCAGCAAAGUGGAGACUUUGAAUGUACACCGUUUAGUCCAAGCCACCACUCAACACUGGCUCCGUGAAUCCGGGACCAUCGAGAAAUGGACUGUAAAAGCGCUAUCAGCUCUUGCAAACCACUUCCCUGAUGCUUCAACUCGGUCUUUGCAAAGCAAAUGUGCGCUCUAUCUUCCACAUUGUCUGAAAGUUCUCCAGAGCCCCCAUUUCAACCAAACAAACGACCUUACACUCGCAAUACUACAAUACAAAAUUGGUCGUUACUAUCACAUCAUAGGUCAGUGGUCUGAAGCACGCCGCUGGACAUCCGCCGCCUAUACUGUUCGCAAGGAGAAUCUCGGUCUUUCCGAUGCUUCAACUUUAGAAGCCCAAGAACAAAUGAUCCAUAUUUUACGGUGUCUUGGUGACUUUGACGCCGCAGGCAAAGAAGCUCAGUCUCUGAAACACCUCCUGAAAUCUCUACACGGCCCUAAGCACCCUUCGACACUAUGUUCAUACCGUCUCAUAUCUUCCACGUUUCAAGACCAAAGUUUGUUCGCUCCUUCUCUUGCCGCUGCUCUGAAAUCCUUUAAUGGUUUCAAAUCCCUUUAUAGUGUCUCGGAUCCCGAUAAUCAGGACCUGCUUUUGAGCAUAGCUCGUCUUGGUUCAAUCUAUACUCGAAUCGGAGAAUUCGGUAAAGCAGAAGAACUCAAUUUGAAUCUCCUGAAAACCUUUAAGAGACGCAACGAAGAGAAUUCUGUUGAUGCAUUGAAAGUUCUCUACCGACUUUCCUACGUGCAGCGAGCGGUGGGAAAGUACAUCGAAUCCGAGGAAACGGCUAAAGACUGCUACCAACGAUAUUGUAUCCAUCUUGGGUCCAAACACGCGGAAACUUUAAAGUCAUAUUUCAGUAUAGGGUUGUCGCUGCAAGUGCAACGGAAAUUCGAGCCGGCGAUGGAGGUGUAUAAGAAGGCUGUGGGGUAUUGUAGAGAGAUGGUUGGGGAGAGUCAUGUUUUUACUUUUAUUUCCACUUUUCAUCUCGCUCAGAGUCUAGCUGAAGUUGGGAGAUUAAGGGAAGCGAAGGGGAAAUUUGGGGAAGCGAUGAGUGGAUUUGAACAAAUGAAUCCGAAGCAAGAGCUUGAGGUAGCGAAGUGUAAGGAGGGCAUCGCUAGUGUGCUGCGUUAUUCUGGUUCCCUUUCUGAAGCGGAAGGUAUGUAUGACCAGGCCCUCAAAAUGGGGAAGUCGCAGAAAGGAAAAGAGGGGGAGAUUCUGAUCGCACUAUGCUGGGAAGGUUUGGGAGAAAUCUGGAGGUUGAGGGCAAGUGAGAUGGAGGGGAAAGGGAAGAAAUCGAAUUUGAAGAAAGCCUUGAAGUUCGAACAGCUGGCCCUGGAGUGUAGGAAAAAGGUUUAUAGAUCGAAUCAUCCAGAGACGAGGAGGACAGCUGAGCUAGUUAUGGGUAUUUUGGAGCUUUUGGGGGACAGUGGGAAGCUGACGAGUAGAAUGAGGAGCGAAUACGGAAGUGGUGGGCAUCAAGGAUUGGAUACCUUUGAUAGGGAGACAGAGAUAGACGACCUUAUUUCAUUUGAGUAG